AUGUUACGCCGACAAGAUCGCCGACUUCUGCAGGAUUCAAAAGUCAUCCCUACAGAUCAUGUCGCUGCCCAACACCAUCUGCUCGUUAUGGACUUGAAAAUCUCCCGUCCAAGGAAGAGACAUCCAAGGACUGAAACACAGCGCAUCAAAUGGUGGAAUCUGAAGGAUCGAAAGGAGGUAUUUUUCGCGUCCGUGGCUCCAUCUACACUUCCCCACCCUACUCGUAGUGUGGAGGAAAUGUGGUUGUCUACUUCCAGCGUUAUACGCUUGACCGCGGAAAACACUCUGGGAAAGACGACUCUAGGUAAGCCAAAGGUACAAAAGGCUACGUGGUUUUGGAACGAGGAAGUUCAGGCGGCAAUUCGUGAGAAGAAGUCCAAGUAUAAGCUCUGGUGGAGGACGCGUCAGCCUGAAGAUCGGGGUGCUUACCUAGCGGCGAAGAGGGAGGCUAAGAAGGCAGUCUCCAAGGCGAAGUCGGACCGCUACAAGGCUGUGUACGACAUGCUUGAUACCAGAGAAGGCGAGCGGGCAGUGUAUCGUUUAGUCAGAGCACGUCAUCGCUCAACGUUGGAUAUGGAGCACACCAAGAUCGUUAAGGGAGCUGAUGGAGCCGUUCUGCGCCGCUCUGGUCAGAUCCUGGAGAGGUGGCGAGAGUACUACAAUCACUUGUGUAACGAAGAGUUCUGUCAUCCUCCCAUCCCAACCGUUCCCAGCGUCGAGGGUCCUGUUCUACCAAUUACUGCCGUCGAAGUCAGUGCUGCCCUCGCAAAAAUGAAGUCGAACAAGGCAACCGGUCCUGAUGACAUACCUGUUGAUAUCUGGAAGCUGCUAGGAGAUCGAGGGUCCAUGUGGCUCGCAACUCUAUUUAACAAGAUCGUUGCAGAAGGACGGACUCCAGACGUUUGGCAAACUUCCGUGACCGUGCCUGUCUGGAAAGGGAAAGGAGACAUUGCUGACUGCACCUCGUACAGGCCUAUACGACUGCUCUGCCAUACGAUGAAGAUUUUUGAGCGUGUCCUGGAAGCUCGUCUGAGGAAAAUUGUUAGCGUUUCACUCAACCAGUGCGGUUUUGUGAAGGACUGCAGCACUAUAGAUGCUAUCCAUGCUGUCCGAAUCCUCCUGGAGAAACAUCGAGAGAAGAACCGCAGUGUGCAUCUUGCUUUUCUCGAUCUCGAGAAAGCUUUCGACCGUGUCCCACAUGAGCUGUUAUGGAUGUCCAUGAGGUCGCAUAGAGUACCAGAAGAAUAUGUGAGGUGGACGAAGCUGCUUUAUGCGAAGCCUACCAGCGUUGUACGAUGUGCUGUUGGAACAAGCAGGCCAUUCCCUGUACGAGUAGGGGUUCAUCAGGGUUCAUCCCUCUCACCUCUGCUGUUCAUACUGUGCAUGGACACGAUAACGAAGGAAAUCCAGAAGCAGCAUCCGUGGACUCUACUCUUUGCCGACGAUGUCAUGCUCGCGUCGGAGUCUCGAGAUGAUCUUCAGAAACAAGUGCAGUCUUGGAAGGAUCAGCUGCAGCAAUAUGGAUUGCGCCUCAACACAUCAAAAACUGAGUACAUGGAGUGCGGACCAAGGAUAGAGGAUGGUUCAAUUCGUGUUGAUGGCACCGAAUUAAACAAGGUGAACUGCUUCAAGUACCUUGGAUCCAAAGUGACUUCCACAGGCGACAUUGAUCAAGAAGGUCGAGCACGUGUUAAUGCUGCAUGGAUGAAAUGGAAAAUGGCAACAGGGGUACUGUGCGACAAGAAAGUCCCUGUUCGACUGAAGUCGAAGAUCUACAGGACGGUAGUGCGUCCUGUUGCCCUUUACGGAUGCGAGUGCUGGCCGACAACGAAAGCCUUGGAAAGAGUGCUGCACGCUAUGGAGAUGCGGAUGUUGAGGUGGACGAUAGGUGUGACGCUAAAAGAGAAAGUAUCCAACGACACUGUGCGCUCCAUCUUCGGUGUCGUCCCGAUAACUGAGAAGAUGAAGGAGGCGCGACUGAGAUGGUUUGGUCACGUAUUGCGGCGGGAGGAAGAUUCUGUUGCCAAAACCGCUCUGAAGCUCGACGUUUCAGGAGUGAGGCCGCGCGGGAGGCCAAAGAUUCGCUGGUUAGACCGUGUGAAGCUGGAUAUGAUAGAUGCACGUUUGUGUACGGCUGAUGCAAUGGAUAGAACCAAAUGGAAGACAAGAAGCAGAAAAGCGGACCCUGCAACAACGCGGGACAAACGCUAG